GUGCGGUUGACGGUCCACGCAGGUGGUAGGCAGUGCCCGCGCCUCCAGGAAGAAGAAGAGAGUGUGGGGGCGAUGGCAGCCCGCCACGUCGGAGCGACCUGAGUGCCAGGGGGUACGCCCCCCGACUCCCGCCCCCCGAGCAGUUCGCCAUGACGCCGCUGGGCUCGCUGUUCGCUUGUCUGCUUGUCGCCGAGCUGACUCGGGAGACGGCAAACGGCACGCCGUACGGAGAACAUCCAGGACAAUACUUCCCAGAUAGUGACCCAGGCGCGGCGGGCCGAGUGGGCCUGGUGGGCCUGGUGGGCCUGGUGGGCCACGGGGGCCCGGAGGCCGAGGACCACGGGGACCACGGGGACCACGGGGCCGCCAGGGGCUCCGGCCUGCGCGGGCCCUACUUCGACACCUCGGCGUCGCGCAACGUGACCGCGCUGGUGGGCAAGACGGCGCACCUGCGCUGCCGCGUGCACAACCUGGGCAACAGGACGGUGUCGUGGAUCCGGCACCGCGACAUCCACCUGCUGACGGCCGGCCGCAACACGUACACCAGCGACCAGCGCUUCCAGGCCAUCCACUCGCCGCAGACCGAGGACUGGGUGCUGCAGGUGCGCUACCCGCAGCGGCGCGACUCCGGGGUGUACGAGUGCCAGGUGUCCACCACGCCGCCCAUCGGCGUGUCCAUGCGGCUGUCCGUCGUCGAGCCGGUGACGGAGAUCGUGGGUGAGCCGGACAUGUACAUCUACAAGGGCAGCACCAUCAACCUCACGUGCAUCGUGAAGCACAGCCCCGAGCCGCCGCUCGCCAUCUUCUGGACGCACAACCUCGAGGAGAUCAGCUACGACUCGCCGCGCGGCGGGGUCAGCGUCAUCACGGAGAAGGGCGACGUGACGACCAGCUACCUGCUGAUCCAGCGCGCCACCGCCCGCGACUCGGGCAACUACACCUGCAACCCGUCCAACGCCAACCUGCGGACGGUGGUCGUCCACGUGCUGAACGGCGAGCACCCGGCGGCCAUGCAGCACGGCGGCCAGCUCAGGCUGCAGCACCCGGUGGGCGUGUUCCUGCUCGGCCUGGCGGUCGCGCUCAUCGGGUCCUGAUACCAGCCGGCCGGAGCCUGGCGCCCUCCGCCCCCUCCCGGGGUUGGCCUCGGCGAACCGCGAGCGGCCAGAAGCGCGCGCGCCCGGUCCACAGUGGGGUCUCGGAACCGUGCGGGAGCAGACGUGCGCUUUCUCGUGUCGAGUUCCAGUUGUUGAGGGGGAAGGUGUGAAAGAGCAUAUCAUGUCGGGGGUGCGUUUCGUGAGUGCUGCAGUGCUGGGAAGUUAAAAAAAAAAAAUAAACUUGUACAUUUUUAUGUAAAUAUUAGGUAAAUUAUUUAGAAAAUAAAACUACU